UUUGCUAUUACUGUUUUUUAUUUAUCAAAAAUUAAUGGUUCUUCUCAAGAAGAAGCCGAUUAUGAUAUUGUCAUCAAUAACAAUGAGGUACAAUCUUACAUGUUUGAGCCUUUGGCCGACGCGCAAGGUGGUCAUAAUGAUGACAAUUCUUCGUCAUCGGAAAGCGAAGAUGAAUGCAUUCACAGAAUUGGAAAUGUUGAAUGGUGCGAGUGUGGCUUUUGUGUGGUCAUGAGUACAGGACGGGAAAGUAUAUGUUGCCAAGAGGUAAACAAUACUGAUCCUCUGAUACAUGGCGAUCAUAUUUGCAUCACACAAGAGGAAGAGUUUGCCGCAGUGUGUACAAACGAAGCUGUCGUAAAAACAGCUAUGGUCGUGUACACACAUGACAUUGGACCUAUGCCUGAGAGUGAAGAAAACGAAACAUUACGCUACUCGGCGUACCGACAGUGGACGGCUUGGGUGCAUGGCAGGUUGGGAAAAAAGUACCGACUACCCAUACCUUCUUGUUAUGUGGACAAAAUCCGGAAAGCAUUUCCUUCGCCUUCUGGAGAAUACAAAGGAUUUGAAUAUGCUCAACACUACUAAAUGUGAGAUUUAUGUUUCUUAAUGGCUUCAUCUUUGCUGAUUUUUGAUUUGUGGCGAGUGAAUGGGACAGGUAUUUCUUUCACUCCAGCGACAUCAAGAGCUUUGGACAGUGUUGAAUUAAUGCGUCUGCAGUACAAAAAUUCUUUCAAGUCCUUAAACAUAUCCUGAAAAGCAAAUCAUUAUUUAUGUUCGCUUUGCAUUGCACUUUGAGAAAAGGUAAGUUUAUUUUUCUGUGCUAACCAUAAGUGCUGUCAACUUUCACUGGUUUGAUAACCCCUUGUCUUUCUUUUGACUUUGAAUAAGCCACUCUCCAAAUCAAUUCCUCUUCUGUUUGCUCACCAUUCUUCGUUUUCUGAGCUUUAUUUUUCUUCUCAUUGAACUGAAUAAACAAUCCAGUGGCAAUAAACAAUCUACAAAUGAAUGUUAAGUUUAUGUUUACAACUAUUGCAACUUAUUGCUUUUAAAAUGAUGACUUUUUUAAGUAAUCAUACACAAGUCGUAAUUAUAUUACCUUGCUUCCAUUGAUCUGUAGAAAAAAUGAAUAUGUUUUGAUGCAAAAUAAAUUACCACUCGGUGGAAACCUUCGAUGGAUGAAGUCUUCUGAUAACUGAGUUUUCCAAUAUCUUUCAUGAGAUACUUGGACUCAACAAUCGAAGACAGCUCAACAUAAGCUUUUGAACCUAAGAUCAAAAGUUAGUUAACAAAAAAAAAGAAUGUUGAUGUUACUUUGAAAUUUAUUCGCUUACAAUACCUUUUUUAUCCGCAUUCUAGGCUCUAACAUAUCAUGUUGACAUUUUGGGAAUAUAUCGCUAUGCACAUAUGGUUGAAAACUGACAAACACUUUACCUUGACAAGUUCUUCAUCACCAUUGCUGGAUGCAGCACACCAGUAUACAUGGUUGGAAAUUGAUUGGGCCCAAUCUGACAAUAAUUUGCAACCACUUUUUUUGAUGCUGCCAAAAUUUUCUUUUUGAUUCCUGUUAAAUUUUGAUUAUUGAUGAAAUGUGUUGUUAUUUACGGCAAUGAACUUUAGGUCAUUCGAAAGAGCUCGACGAGAGCUUUAAGAUGAGCUAAAGAUAAAUGAUUUUGCUCCAAUACUUUAGAAGAUAGGAUCUGCGAAUGCGCAAAAAAUACAGUGCGUGCGCACAUCCUAUUUCUUGAACUAUUAGGGCUAUCUGCGGUAAUGAUGUUUAGCUUCGAAAGAGCUCGACGAAAGCUUUAAAAUUCUUAGAUCAUCUUAAAGUUCUCGUCGAGCUCUUUCGAAGCUAAACAUCAUUACCGUUGAUAGCUCUAAUAAUUUAGGACAUAGGAUCUGCAAUCAUCUGAAACCACAGGAGUGAUUUCUCGUUGGCCUUCUUGUCGAGCGGCUUGCAACCACUGAUCUGAUAAUAGACCUAUCAUCAGUUCAGUCUAUUUUCAGAUAGGUCUAUUAUCAGAUCAGUGCUUGCAACAGACUUGCAAAAUACUACAUUUAUAAAUGGAUCAUGCUCGAAUUUCAUAAUAUACGAAAUAUGUGGAUUGUUUACAAUCAAAUUUAGGGGCAAAUCUGAAAGUUGACUGCGGCACUAAUGACACCGACCGCUUCGAUGCUGUCUUGAAGAAAUAAACCUUUCUACUGUGUCUACAUGUAUAAUAUAAAAGUCAGAAGCGGAAUGCAUUUGUAUUCUAUUUAAAGAAAUAAAUCUCCUGUACUUGUCUGUUGUUUUCUAUUA